AAUGCAACAUCAUCAGACGCAGCUGAACAGGAUGGUUGGGUGAAGAGGAAAUCGACACACAACAUGAGCUUAGUGAGCUCGAAAACGUUUGAGAAGACUGAGCCAGCUAGAUUAGCUGCAAUGGCGGCAACACAAUCGGCCAAAGAAGCAUCAAAAAGUGCAAAAGCCGAUGCAAGAGGAUCAAAAGGAAAUUCAACACGUUCAAAAGCAAGAGGAUCGAUAAGAAGAGGAGAUAAUAUGGGAGAAGUGAUUAUUGAUGGAGUCAUAUUUGAAUUUGAUGAAAGUGGAACGAAAUUGGUGAAAAAAGCUGAUCAAUCAUCGACUGAUGAACCAGCAAAGGCAGAAGAUGAAGCAACACAAUCGAUCGAAUCAUCUUCUGCAACACCACUUCGAACUUCUGUGAACGGGCAACAAUUCAUACGAACCAAGACGGGAAAUUUGAUCAGUCAGGCCUUGCUAGAUCAAAGGAAGGAGAAUAAGAGGAAUAGCGAAAAGCUGAAAAAGCUUGAUCAGAUUGGUAAAGAGAUUGCAGAGAGGCAAUUAUUGCGUGGAGGAAGUGGAUCGCGGGGUCGAGGAAGAGGAGGAUCAAAGAUGCUCUCAGCACGAAACAAGACUCUGUGUGCCCAUUUCAACAAGACUGGUCAAUGUAAGAACGGACUUUCAUGUCCAUAUAAACAUGACCCCUCAAAGCUUGCUAUAUGCCCUCGUAUUCUGCGACCGAACGGAUGUCCCCUGCCAAGCGGAACUUGUCCACUCUCACACGAAUCGAAACCAGAACGGGUUCCUCAUUGUGUGCACUAUCUUUCCACUGCAGGUAAUUGUCGUAAUGGCGACUCUUGUGCAUACGUUCAUCCUUCUUCAGAAGUUCAUCUGACGAAUGAGAGUCAAAUCUGUGUAGAUUUUAGCGAUUUUGGAUGGUGUCAAAAAGGAGCAAAAUGCGAUCAAAGGCAUACAUGGGAUUGUCCGGAAUUUUUACGAAAAGGUAAAUGUGAUCGAAGGGGAUGCAAAUUGAUGCAUGUCGUUCGA